AUGGCCGCGCUCUUCGGGGAUCCAGCAUUGCCAGACGGCAUCUGCUCGCUGAACUGCUCGACGGAGGAGCACGCCGUCAACGACUUGAUCGGCCGCUCGUUCGCGGGCACGCCGACGACGGACCCGGAGUUCAGCGUCGACUGGUGUCUCGGUCCUGGGCUCGCGGAUAGAGGCUCGCCGCUCCGCGCCGAGGCCGCGGCCUUCUUCCUCUCGUUCAGCGCGGCGCGGUUCACCGUCCGACAGCACGGCUAUUGGACGCGCGGCUUGACGCUGGCCGUGCGCGGCGACGACGGACAGCUCCAAGCGGUCUGCGUGUGCCGCAAGCUCUCGCGGGCGGAGCGGUUCGUGGAUCUCGUCUCGGAGUCGAUCUCCUACCACUACCAGCUGAUGUCGAGCAUCGUCUGCGACCGCAUCCCCAAGCUCUUCACAGAUGAUGCUUUGAAGGCUCAAAGCAUCGUCGUCGAGCGACGCGCGGACGUCGCGAUGGGCCAGCUCCGAACGAUGCACCACGACCACGCGGACAAGCCGCACUGGUACGUCGGCAUCCUGGCCGUCGACCCCCAGCAUCAGGGCAAGGGCCUCGGCGCGAAGCUCUGCCGCGCCGUGUCCGCGAUGGCGGACAAGGACGGCCUGCCGUGCUACUUGGAGUGCUCCGGCCCGCGGAACCAGGCGCGGAACCGCGCCAUCUACACGCACCUCGGCUACGGCGAGGUCGAGUGCUACAAGCUCGCCGACCCCGCCGGGGACGGGGAGCCGUACGAGGAGCUCUACGCCAUGGUCCGGCCGGCCUCGACGUGA